GGGAAGUGGCGCUCCCGGGGGGCGGGAAGGGGCGGCCCCGGCCCUGCCCUGCGCUUCCGGACCGGCCCGGGCCCAGCGGCAGGCACCGGCGAGGAGCGUGGGACAGGAGGUUUGGGAGAGCUUUGGUCCUGAAUGUCUACAGAGCUGAGGACAUAGUUGUCUGUUCCACUGGCUUCAAACACAGAAGAAGCAGUGAAGAGUGACCCAGUUGUGCAGAGCUGAGAGGAUCCCCAUACGUGACUGAUCUAUGAAAUGGCAGAGAAUGGAACAGAUUGUGACCAGAGACGCAUAGGAAUGAUCAAAGAACAGCACAAUGGAAGCUUUACAGAUUCCUCUUUGUUGAGUGAACGGAAGCGAAGGGACCGUGAAGAGAGGUUGAAUAUUGUGCUGUGGAAAAAACCGCUUGUUACCUUGCAGUAUUUUUUCCUGGAAACUCUAAUAAACUUGAAGGAAUGGACCAUAAAAUUGUGGCAUCGACGAAGCAUCUUGGUGUCUUUUUUACUGAUGCUCGCAGUGCUCACAGCUGCAUAUUACAUUGAAGGAGCACAUCAACAGUAUGUGCGGUAUAUGGAGAAGAAGUUCUUCUGGUGUGCCUACUGGGUAGGAUUAGGGAUUCUGUCCUCUGUUGGACUUGGAACAGGUCUCCACACCUUUCUGCUCUACUUGGGUCCACACAUAGCAUCAGUUACCCUUGCUGCAUAUGAAUGUAACUCAGUUAAUUUUCCUGAGCCUCCUUACCCGGAUCAAAUUAUCUGCCCUGACGAGGAGACGACUGAAGGAUCCAUCUCUUUAUGGGCUAUCAUCUCAAAAGUCAGGCUGGAGGCCUGCAUGUGGGGUGCUGGCACAGCCAUUGGAGAACUGCCUCCAUAUUUUAUGGCGAGGGCGGCCCGACUCUCUGGUGCUGAACCUGAUGAUGAAGAGUACCAGGAAUUUGAGGAGAUGCUGGAACAUGCACAGACUGCACAAGAUUUUGCUUCCCGGGCUAAACUGGCUGUCCAGAAUCUGGUGCAGAAGGUUGGAUUCUUUGGCAUUUUGGCCUGUGCUUCAAUUCCAAACCCUCUGUUUGACCUGGCCGGGAUAACAUGUGGACACUUUCUGGUUCCCUUCUGGACCUUCUUUGGUGCAACCUUGAUUGGGAAAGCAGUAAUUAAAAUGCACAUCCAGAAACUAUUCGUUAUUAUCACAUUCAGCAAACAUAUAGUGGAGCAGAUGGUGUCCCUCAUUGGUGCUAUUCCAAGUAUAGGUCCUUCUCUUCAGAAGCCAUUUCAAGAAUAUUUGGAAGCUCAGAGGAUAAAACUUCACCACAAAUCUGACAGUGGCGUGCCACAGGGGGAAAACUGGCUAUCCUGGAUGUUUGAAAAGUUGGUGAUUGUCAUGGUUUGUUACUUUAUCUUAUCAAUAAUCAACUCCAUGGCCCAAAGUUAUGCCAAACGGCUGCAACAGAAGAUGUACUCUGAAGAAAAAACCAAAUAAGCUUGGAAAAAGACCCCUUGGGAGGGGUUUUAGCAGACGUGAAAAAUGACACAUCUUUCCAUAAGUAAAAAUCAGCGUUAUUCAAAAUGGGGGAAAACUUUUUAACAUCAAUUUUCAACUAUAAAAAGUCUUUAUUUAAUUUUGAAAGUAAUUUGGAUUUAGAGCAGGCGUUUCAUUGACAAACUUAUAAAUGUUAAGGUAAGGUAUCAAUGCUUUACAUAUCUGAGUUGUAUUAUACAGGAUGGACAAUGUGAUGUUAAAUGGAGAUUAACACAAAUGUUGUCCACCCAAAAUUACUUCCAAAACUGAUUAUUUAAUAACUCUCCAAUUCCUGAUUUAACUUCAGACUGACCUGAGGGUAACUUUUUCCUUUAAGGGUGGCUCUUUUGCUUUUUCCAUACCUUUCAAGACCAUUACAAUGUAUAUAAAUGAAUACAGACUGGAUACAAACUGUUGCAUGUCCCUCAUGGUAAGGCAAUUCCAUCUGAAUUCUCCAGUGUCCCAUUGCAUUGCACGUGCUCUUGGUUGGAAAAGCCACCCUCUAAACUUCAUGAUGUUAGCAGAGAUGAUUGAUGUCAGAAUGCUGAAGCUGACGUUUUUUAUUCUGUAUAUUUAGAAUGAAGUUAAGAUAAAACUUUAUAAAGUCAUCUUUGAUCAUUCCAGAA